GCUCUUUUCGUAUUAUAACGCAUUAAAAAAAGAAGAAUAUAAUACUAAUUCAAAUAGAUUAUCAAAGGUAUACAUGGAAAAUGUUGAAUAAUAGAAGUUGUUUAUUAUCCUUCAAAUAUCAUUUUCAUAUUUGAAAUUCGAAAACCACGGGAAAUAUGUCUUCCGAAAAAUUAAUUUCUCUAGAGUUUGAAAUAUUCGGCAAAGUUCAAGGAGUAUAUUUCCGGAAGUAUACUGAAAGAGCUGCCAAUCGUAUAGACGUGAAGGGCUGGUGUAUGAACACAGACCAAAAUACUGUGAAGGGAAUGAUCCAAGGAAACAGUUCCAAUAUAGAAUCAAUGAAAAACUGGUUGGAGAAAACUGGAAGCCCAAGAUCAAAAAUCGAAAAAGCGGUUUUUUCCAACGAAAAGGAAAUAGAACAUCUUACAUAUGAUUCAUUCAAAAUUGUGAGAUAAAUUGAAACUUUUGGUGACAACUAUUAGUGAGAAAUUUUCAGUUAAUUUAUUUUUCGAUUACAAAAUUCAGUAUUUUCUAGAUUAAUGUACCAUUUGUACAAAUUCUUUAUUUAUUAUGUAU